AUGGAGAUAAAGCCUGAAAAUUCAAGGUUUAGGAUCAAAUACAGCAGGAGACCUCUAAAUGAAUCAAAGUUUAGAAAAGGGAGACUAGUGGAAGUCAAAAGGGAUGAUGAAAGUUGUAAGGGGGCCUGGUUUGUUGCUACUAUUGUUGACAUAAUAGGAAAAGACAGAUUUCAAGUAGAAUAUAGGGACUUGAAAACCAAUGGUGGAACCCAGAUCUUGAAAGAAGAAAUUGAUGAACGGUUUGUUAGGCCCUGCCCUCUUGAGGUUCCAUUUUCUGGUUCUUUCAAACAGUUCCAAGAAGUUGAUGCAUGGUAUAAUGAUGGGUGGUGGGAAGCCGUGGUUCUUGAAGCACUAAAUGAUGCAAAAUGUUUGAUUUCUUUCAUUCACAGUGGUGUCUUGAAAAUUGAAAAUUCUAGACUAAGGCCUCAUCACGACUGGAUCGAUGGAAAAUGGGUCGUUAUGCCUUCCAAGAAAUCAAGUGAACUAUUAAAGGAGUUUGGAGAUCCGAUGUCUAAAACCAAGAAUCUCACUGAAAUUAAUUUAGUCUUAAAACGCCAAAAGCCUAAUGAGAGUUCAAAGAAUCCGAGAGAUGUAACAGCUAGGACCACGAACACCCAAAGCAAAUGUGUGGUACAUUUCUCUAAAGGUGCAAAGAUAGAAGUCAGAAGUGAUGAAGAAGGCUACCAAGGUGCCUGGUACACGGCCAUUGUUGUUGACUCUUUGCAGAAUGGUAAGUACUUGGUGGAGUAUUUGACCCUGAGAACUGAUGACUUAACUGAACAACUGAAAGAAGUAGCAAAUGCUACAGAUAUCAGGCCAUAUCCACCAGAUUUCAAACAUGUUCACCACUUUGCACUGCGUGAAAUGGUUGAUGCUUGGUAUAAUGAUGGAUGGUGGGUAGGUCAAGUAUCUAGUAUUCUUCUUAGUUCCAAGUAUAAGGUUUACUUUUGGUCUACAAAGGAGGAGCUGGAAUUUGAGCAUUGUAAUCUGAGGCCUCAUCAAGAAUGGAUAAAUGGAAAAUGGGUGAUUGCUUCUUUGGUAUGA